AUGUCGUCCUGCGAGGAGCUCUCCAGCGGCGCCGGCGCAGCGCUCGCGUGCCCCAGCUCGUCGGAUCUGCAAGAGGACAUGUCCAGCUCCACACUGGCGCUACUUACAGGCUCGGACCUGCCGUCCUCGUCCUCCAGCGUGGCCACGACGGCGCUGCACCUGGAGCGCUACGCGUCCGAGCUGCUGCUGUGGCUGCAGCGCUCGCGCGCGGCGUGCGCGGCAGACGACGCGCUGUUCUUCUUCGAGACGCGGCACCCGGAGCUGCUGGACGACCUGCCGCUGCUCUUCGCGUGGCUCGCGCUCUUCCUGGCGCAGCACGAGGACGCCGCGGAGGACGCGGCGCAGGCGGCGCGCGCCGUGCAGACGCUGGACAGCUCCGGGGACCUGGCGGCCACGGCGCAGCAGUUCGCGCUCAAGAGCGCGCUCACGCUGCUCUACUGGAAGCACGAGACGGACCGCUCGCAGCUGCGCGCGGACGAGAAGGAGCUGCUGCAGUGGGUGCUCGCCCACCGACAGGUGCCGCUCACGCGGCAGGACAUCGUCAACCACGUGCUGGACGAGUACCCGGUGUUCGCCGCCUCCAAGAGCGCGGCGGCGCUCAAGGUCUGGACCGCGCGGUUCCUCAAGAAGCACCUGCCGCCGCAGUCGUCGUUGGCGUCCGCGCCACCGGCCGAUGCACGCCGCUCGUGCUCUGGGCGCUACAUGCUCUUCUCGAACGAGUUCAAGCUGCACGCCGUGAACAUGCUGGACGAGGGCAAGAGCGUGGCCCAAGUGGCCGAAGAGCUGGGGCUCAAGAACCCCAAUUGUUUGAAUUAUUGGAGAAGCAUCCGCGACAAACUCGUCACGGCCGAGAGGAAACGAUUCCGCUUGGCCGGAGGAGGGCGACGCAGCAGCUGCAACUUUGAGGACGAACUGCUCACGUGGGUCAGUGAGCGGCAUCAACAAGGACAAGGCACCGACGUCAAGGCCGUGCUGGAGUAUAUGAGGCAGUACCAUUCGUCCUUCACAGAGGGCAAGAAGGAGCCGACGCUGCGCAAGUGGAUCCUGCGCUUCUUCAAGCGGUGCUGGCGUGCUCCAUCGACGUCGAUGGACUCCCAAGAUGCAGAGAAGUCGUAUAUAUUUGUCUAA